AACCAACAUCUCCUUUGGCCUUCGCCUACCUACCCUACUCCUGUCCUCUCUUCUCUCUCUCUUCAAACUCUUACCAUGACUCACCAAACCCACACACUUUCACGAAUCUGCACCCCCGCAAACCUCUCUCCCUCUCUAACCCAAACCCGGAUCCGCAUCCAAACUCAUGACUUCCACGGCCAACACCAUCUCCCUCUCCCUCUCCACCACCCACAACCCCUCGUCUCUCUCAAAACCCAAGUCCCUCCCCGAUUUCUACCUCCGAUUCCGUAACCAAAACCCAAAGUUAACCCGGGUCGGAAUCUCUGUAACAAACCCGAACAACCGAAUUAGAACUUUAUCAACAAUCCGUGCAAGUACAGCUUCAGUGAUGGAAGCGAGUUCGAAAGAGAAAUCUUUGCCCACAAUAGUGGAAGUUGAUUUGGGUAAUCGGAGUUACCCGAUUUAUAUUGGAUCGGGGCUAUUGGAUCAACCCGAGUUGCUUCAAAGACAUGUCCAUGGGAAGAGAGUUCUUGUUGUUACUAACAGUACUGUGGCUCCUUUGUAUCUUGAUAAAGUUGUUGAUGCUCUAACAAGAGGGAAUCCUAAUGUUUCUGUUGACAGUGUGAUUCUACCUGAUGGUGAAAAGUACAAGAAUAUGGAAACGCUUAUGAAAGUGUUUGAUAAAGCUAUUGAGUCAAGGUUGGACAGGAGGUGUACGUUUGUUGCGCUUGGAGGUGGUGUGAUUGGUGAUAUGUGUGGAUUUGCAGCGGCAUCUUUUCUUCGAGGGGUUAACUUUAUUCAGAUUCCUACAACUGUUAUGGCACAGGUGGACUCUUCUGUUGGAGGCAAAACUGGGAUUAACCACCCACUCGGGAAGAACUUGAUCGGUGCAUUUUAUCAACCUCAAUGUGUGUUGAUAGAUACUGACACGCUUAAUACUUUGCCAGAUAGGGAAUUGGCAUCAGGGCUUGCAGAGGUUAUUAAAUAUGGGCUUAUUAGAGAUGCAGUGUUUUUUGAGUGGCAGGAGAAGAAUAUAGCAGCUUUGAUGGCAAGGGAUCCAAGUGCCAUGGCUUAUGCCAUCAAGCGUUCAUGUGAAAAUAAGGCUGAGGUUGUAUCCUUGGAUGAGAAGGAAAGUGGACUAAGGGCAACUUUGAACUUGGGUCACACAUUUGGCCAUGCAAUAGAAACAGGAUUUGGGUACGGUGGGUGGCUCCAUGGAGAAGCUGUAGCAGCUGGCAUGGUCAUGGCUGUUGACAUGUCAUACCGCCUUGGUUGGAUUGAUGAUCUGCUUGUGAAGCGUGUCCACAACAUCUUACAACAGGCGAAGCUACCCACUGCUCCGCCAGAUACCAUCACCGUGGAAAUGUUCAAGUCUGUGAUGGCGGUCGAUAAGAAGGUAGCAGAUGGGUUGCUAAGGCUAAUCCUUUUGAAAGGUUCCCUGGGUAAUUGUGUGUUCACCGGUGAUUAUGAUAGGAAGGCACUCGAUGAAACACUUCGUGCAUUUUGCAAAUCAUGAUUCCCGUUCUCGCUGGGUUCUGGGCCCAGCUGCAUAUGAUUGAUGUACCACCAGAUGUGACGUGUAUUUUAAAGGGCUUGCCUGUAUGCUUUACCGUGGUGGCCGUAGACGGCAGACUGACAAGUUGUAAUAUUAGAAAUUUGUCACCAAGCAAUAAAGCUGAUUCUUAUUUUCUUUCCUUUA